UUGAACUGAUUGCGAAAAUGGAUUCUUUUGUGGGAUUGAUUGCCCGUUUCAUUCGAAAAGCUUGUAAAGGUUCUAUCUUUCUGGUUGGGUUUGUUGUUGUUAUGGGAAGGAACUCUGUUGAGGUUCUUAGGGCAUCAUGGGUUUGGAGUUACCUGUCCUCAGAGACCAAAGUUGUGUUGCUCCAUGAAGUGGGACAUGAACGAGAAGCCGAAAUCCAUGAAAUUUCUUGAGUGGAUAUGGCGAGCGGUUUCAGUAGAGAUGGGACGGUGAGUUCAGUUGGUGCUGAGAGUAGUAGUCGGGCGGUUGAUGAGAAUGAAGUGGGUGUAAGUGAGGUUGAAGGGGAGUAUGAGCAGGUUGUGGAGGUAAAGAUGAAUGACGAUCCGUUAGAGGGGGACGACAUACUCGACUCCAUGCCGCCAGUAUCGAUGACUUCAGUAGAUGAGCCCUAUGUGGGUCAGGAAUUCGACUCUGAAGCGGCCGCACAUGGGUUUUAUAAUGCAUAUGCCACCCGGGUAGGAUUUGUAAUUCGGGUGAGCAAACUCUCUCGGUCGAGGCGUGACGGAUCGGCCAUUGGUCGGGCUUUCGUCUGCAACAAAGAGGGUUACAGGAUGCCAGAUAAACGCGAGAAAGUCGUCAGGCAAAGGGCUGAGACAAGAGUUGGUUGUAGGGCCAUGAUACUGGUGCGGAAAAUGAAUACAGGCAAAUGGGUUGUCACGAAGUAUGUGAAGGAACAUACUCAUACCUUGUCGCCUGGCAAAGGCCGGAGGGACUGCAUCUAUGAUCAAUAUCCAAAUGAACAUGACAAGAUUCGGGAGUUGUCGCAGCAGUUGGCAAUAGAGAAAAAGCGAGCUGCAACGUAUAAAAGGCAUCUCGAACUAAUCUUCGAGCACAUUGAGAAUCACAAUGAGAGUCUGGCAAGAAAGAUCCAGCACAUAGUAGACAACGUGAAGGAAAUCGAAAGCAGAGAGCAGCAAAGUUAGAGAUAGAUUGCGGCAUCUCUUCCUUUUCUUUCCCCCUUCUUUUCUUUUCUGUUGUCUGGUUCGAAUUGUAAAAUGACGGCCACUGCAUGGCAAAAGAUGAUGUGAUGAAAUCCUUGUCGAUAUGUCUAGUUUUGAAUAGAUUACAGCAAUCAAUUCUUUCCCCAA